UCUCCAAAAGAUCAGAGUGCCAACGGUCAGAUGCCAUCCGCAGAUGAAGACCACAAAAAUAAAAAUAUGGCGUCCCAUGCGAUGUAAUGGAGUAGUACAAAUUAAGGCUGAAAGCAUCGCCGGCCACCACUGCAACUAAUUAAGCCGCUGAAGUAAAGUUGUUCGGCCAAGCGGGGUUGAAGCUAAUAGUUUUGAUGAAGAUGGCUGCCAUAUUCAGCACCCAGGCGUCGCUGGCCACUCCGCGGCCGAGAUUCUUGACCGGCUCCUCCGGCAAGCUAGGCCGUGUGGCAGGGCCGGCCACCACUGCAUCCUUCACCAGUGCUACUGUUCCCUCCCUCAAAGUAGAAGCCAGGCAGGCGGAAUGGCUCCCAGGUCUCUCAUCCCCGUCCUACCUCAACGGCAGCCUGCCGGGGGACAACGGGUUCGACCCUCUGGGGCUUGCGGAGGACCCGGAGAACCUAAGAUGGUUCAUUCAGGCGGAGCUGGUGAACAGCCGUUGGGCGAUGCUUGGGGUUGCAGGGAUGAUUCUUCCUGAAGUUCUAACAAAGCUGGGGUUCAUCAACGCCCCCCAAUGGUACGACGCCGGCAAAGCAGAGUACUUCGCCUCCUCCUCCACGCUCUUCGUCAUCGAAUUCAUUCUCUUCCACUAUGUGGAAAUCAGGCGUUGGCAGGACAUAAAGAACCCGGGGAGCGUGAAUCAGGAUCCCAUAUUCAAACAAUAUAGCCUGCCUCCAAAUGAGGUGGGAUAUCCAGGGGGAAUCGUCUUCAACCCGCUCAACUUGAAACCCACGCUGGAGGCCAAAGAGAAAGAGCUUGCUAAUGGGAGGCUGGCCAUGCUGGCGUUCUUGGGCUUCAUCAUACAGCACAACGUCACCGGCAAAGGCCCGUUUGAUAAUCUGCUGCAGCACCUCUCUGACCCAUGGCACAACACCAUCAUUCAAACCUUCACCCGUUGAUCCAUGAUACAUACUAUCCGGAUAGUAUGCAGCUCCAUCCUCUCCUCUCUCUCUGUUCGAUCUCUGACGUGUCUUUUUCUAUUUUUUGGUGUGUUUUUUCCCCUUUUUUUUCACUGAAAAUCUUUCUGGGAUUAAGUCAUAAUUGUGAUCGAUGGGUUCUUAAAACAAGUGAUAAAUGCAGCACAGUCUGUACAUACUUUGAAAUUAACGCGAAUCACUGCUCCGUUGUCAGCGUCUUAAUUUGUACCCCAGACUCUCUUUAAUCGUUUAAGUUGGGCUUCGUUCGCGCUAGGCCGGUUCAA